CCUCCCUUACUGUAAUCCUCCACCCACUCCGAGCACGGAAAGAUCGAAUCAAGACUAUGAACCAACGUUCACCAUCGUCCGGCGCUAUCGCAGUGUAUUGCGCGUCCUCUACCGGAAACCAUCGAGCAUUUGCAAGUGCUGCUAUCUCUGUCGGGAAAGCACUGGCAAGUGCGAAUCGCCCGUUGGUCUAUGGGGGUGGAUCGAAAGGUAUCAUGGGCAUCGUCUCGGGAGCUUGUCUAGACAGUGGUGGCAAGGUCACCGGGAUCGUUCCCUAUGCGAUGGUCGCAGCAGGGGGGGAGGGCGAGAAAACGAAGAGCAGUGUAAUGGUAGAGUUGAAUGAAGCUGGACGUGAAAAGGUUGAAACAAUCGUCGUCGAUUCGAUGCAUGAACGCAAAGUACAGAUGUCCGUGCGUUCCGAUGGAUUCAUUGCUCUACCUGGAGGAUUUGGCACUUUUGAAGAGCUCCUGGAAGUGACUACGUGGACACAAAUCGGCAUUCACAAGAAGCCUGUGGUACUGGUUAAUGUCCUUGGGUUCUGGAACCCUCUCAGAGAGCUAAUCCGGUCUUCGAUCGGACACGGGUUCAUUAGUCCUCAAAACGAAGAUAUUAUAGUGUUCGUGGACGGUCCAGAAAAGCUUGAAGAGCACGAGACCUUUGACUGGGGAGCUGCGGCUCUCAAAGCCAUCGAUGGAUGGACCCUAGAGCAAGAAACCCCUGCGUUCCAGUGGACAAAGGGACUAGAUGGUAAACCGAGAGAUGUCAUGGAAUCCACGUAG